CAGUGAAUGAAUCUACUACCGACUUGUGGAAAACCAGUGAUGCGGACAGAACCUCUUACUUUCCAUUGGAAGACUUUUCUGGAUACAACCUCUGUCGGUUACCUAUUGAUCGGUUAGUUUCAUUGAUUGACGCCAAGGGGACUGCCAAGUCAGGUUUCGAGUUCCAGUAUGCCGACAACGGCAACUCCGUACAGUGAACAUCUACCGUUGGUCCCGUCCGCAUCGGAAGCCUCGUUAAAUUACGCUUCCCUGUACGAUGACGAGGUUGAUGAGGAGCGUUUGGGCAACGUCAUGCGACCCGCUUCCGAGGCUCACAACCACGGAAGCAACGGCGGUGACGUAAUCUCCAACACCGACAAGGAAACCAUGACGCUGUGGAAUAUUGUUGCCAUUUUGUCUACGGCAUUUUCGUACGGCUGCGUGUUGACAACACUCUUCCUGAUAACACUCCCGAUCGAAUGCGAACGACUAAACGUUGAUCACCCCAAUAUUCCGAAGAGUGUUGCGUUGGGAAUUUUUGUGGCGAUUGCGGGUUUAACUCAACUGAUAUCGCCACUCGUCGGUCGUCUUAGUGAUACCUACGUGCCACCCAAGCCACACGAUUUGGGACAGCGAUUGCCAUAUUUAGUGCUCGGUGCCGUCAUGACCUGUAUUGGUCUGAUUGGGCAGCUCUUCUCCAGCUACACUGGCUUUUGGUUGCGCUAUUCGUUUGCCUUUUUCCUGCACAUGAUUGGACUAAACACGGUGUACUCCAUGAUGAUUGCUUUGAUUCCGGAUCAGGUUCCGGCACACCAAACAGGUGUUGCCAACGGCGUCCUCGCACUGCAACUGGUCACCGGAUCGCUGUUUGGAUUUGGACUGUUUCAUUCUUUCCUAUCACAGAAUAUCCAGUCCAUGUACAUGCUGUAUACAUGCAUUGUGAUCAUCACAACAAUUGUGACUUGUACUCAUGCACACGAACAAGACGCUGAAGUAGCCUUUCGACGGAUACGCCGGAAACAGAAAAGCUUUCGGAGACGACAAACAACACGCCAACAUAGAACUAAAAGUACGGGAACACAGGACCGGUCGGAGCGUGACGACAGCAACAACGGGGGAAUGGAUGACGAACAAUGGCACGAGCAAGCCUCUCGUAUGGUCCAAACGGCAGCCAAAAAGGUCGCUCGGACAGCCAAAGAUAUUGUCCUGACCCCCACGUUAAUCUUGAAAACCAUGCUGGUAGACCCCAUCCGUAAAAUCGACCGAAGAACUCUCCUUCGCUCCUACAGUAUCGAUACCACCAAACACCACGAUUUCUUUGUCGUGACCAUUUCGCGACUCUUCUACUAUUGUGGCAUGUCGGUUCAAACUUUUUUCCUUUACUACUUGCACGACAUUAUUAACAUCCGGACGCAUCCGGAGGCCGCCGUUGCGACCCUGUCGAUUCUCGGGCAGUGCAGCGGUGCCAUCUUUUGCUAUCCCGUGGGUCUUUUGUCGGACCGAUGGUUAGAUGGCCGACGGAAACCGUUUGUGUACUUUUCCUGUGCUCUGCUGCUUUCUGUCAUGAUUGCUUUAAUCUUUGCACGGACAUGGGAGCAAAUGGUGAUACUCAGCUUUAUCUUAGGAGGAGCCAACGGGGUUUAUUUGACUAUGGACACGAGCUUGGCGGUCGACACUUUGCCCAAAGACUCUGAGAGCGAUGACGAUCCUGCUUCUGAGGAUUUUAGCUCCGUGGGAGGCGAGGAAGACACGGAUGGAAAUGCACAGCUCUUGGGACUCUGGGGUGUUGCGGCAUUUUUGGGCUCAGCUUUAGGCCCAAUGAUUGGGGGACCACUGCUCUAUGCGUUCGGAAGCAUGGAGGUGGAAGACGGCACAACCACUAAAAUCGCUGCUGAAGAGUAUAGUAUCCGUGGUUACGCCGUCCGUAAGCGCAUUCUGUAA